UUGCGUGCAGCGAUUGGUCGCCGCCUGGGUGACGCCAUCGCCUCAGGGCGUGAACGCAUUUUUUGAUGACGUCAUGCACAUGUCAAUCACGCGGAAACCGAAGUUGUCGUCUGCUACGAAGCGAAGCCGCGCGCGCUGCUUCGGUCUGAUCCGAAGCGCGGUGUGCCGUGUGCAGAGCCUGUGCGUGCCGUGUGCACGGGCGAGAUCGCGGCACUCAGAGCAAAAUGGCAGCGUGUCCGGUGUCUGUGGCGCCUGUUCUCGCGCUUUUAGCGAGCCUGUGUGAGAGACAGCGACGACGUCGACACCGACAAGAGGCCUUUGAGAUGACGGACGAGGAAUUCAGGCGACAAUUCCGACUCUCGAAAGAGACAGUGCUCCGCCUGUGCGAGGAACUUGAGUGUGUGUUGGGGCCGCAACGCGCUAGUGGCAUUGACACUGUGACAAAAGUGCUCUGUGCGUUGCGUUUUUUUGCGACUGGAAGUUUCCAGCAGUCCGUGGCCAACGAGGAAACUGUCGCCCUGUCCCAGCCCUCAGUUAGCCGCAUAAUUUUUUCCGUUGCUGAAGCCAUUGCAACGGUCGGCAAAGCAAAGGGAUGGGUGAAGUUUCCGACGGACACAGAAAAGGUGGCGGUCAAGCAACGCUUCCUUGAACGUGGCAAGCUCCCUGGUGUCGUCGGCUGUGUUGACGGAACAUUAAUUGCCAUCGUCCGGCCGCGAAAAAUGAGCCCCGCGGAAACCGAGGCGUACUGGAGCCGCAAGGGAUUUUACGCUUUGAAUUGCAUGGUGGUGUGUGAUGCGGACCUAAGGAUCGUGGCCAUAGACCCUCGCAUGCCAGGAUCAUGCCACGAUUCCUUCGUCUGGAGGCACUCAGCAUUGCGCCGCCGCCUGACGUGUGGCCUCCUGAAUGACGAGGAGUUUUUGCUUGGAGAUUCGGGGUACCCUCUGGAGCCCUGGCUUCUCACUCCUGUGCCCGGACACCCGACACGGCUGACAGCAGAGGGGCGCUACAAUGAAGCACACGCCGUCGUCAGGAAUGCGGCUGAAAGAUGCAUAGGCAUCCUAAAAAGCCGUUUUAGGUGCCUGCAGAGGUACCGUACGCUGCACUACUCACCCCGCAAAGCAGCCACCAUUGUGGCGGCGUGUGCUGCGCUUCACAACCUCUGUCUCCAGGCAGGGGAUCCGCUGCCAGAUGAUCCUGAAGAUGACGACACAAGCUGUACGAGUGAUGCAGCAACAAGACAAGUGCAGCCACCACAGGCCCCAUCGCUGCCCUUGGCACAAUUGGUGCCGCCUCCACGCGCUUUGUUCGAGAGCGCCAAGCAGGCUCGCUCUGCAAUAAUUAACAUGUUCAGGUUGCCUCGCAAUCUUCACAUUGCAUAUUUGCAGAGCGUGCGAAGACGGAUGCGCCGGCAAAUGAGGCGGCGGCAAACAUGAAUGCACAUAUUGUUCACGUCUCCAACGGGGUGUGUGCCAAUUAGCAAUAAUAUUCCCCCGAGUUUUCUAGGCUUUGUGUUAGCCUUUUGGCAAACAUUCAUUGACAACAUGUGCCACUGGAGAAUAAUGGAAAGUCUGCGAAAUUCAAUGUGCUUCGACAAUCUCUUUAGCUCUUGUAGAUGGUGCCGCUUGCAUUGAUGUUAGCGAAGAACACUAUCCAUGCAGGCAACAUUUUGCAAAUAGAGGUUACAUGACACAGUUGGAGACAUUUUUCCUUGGAACUGCCUCGCUCAACAUAAACUUGACGCACUCGAUCGUGCACAUGCCAUGUGUUACGACGGAACAACCCUUAUGGCAUGAAGGUGACUGCGUGACGAUGAUUGAAUAAAGACGAAGGCGGAACAAACAGUAAAAUCACUACGACGAAAUCAACAGUACCGCGGAGAAGGCACGACGGUGAUUCAUUGACGAUGCAAACGUGGCAGUGGUAGCAAGAUGACUCAGUGAAUGUUUGUGCAUAGCUAACUUUCUCAAAGUCGUGGGCAUGACGACAGUGGAAUCACUACGAGAGACCGUCACGACAAGACAAUGCAGAAAUGACCUAAGCGCGUCCUGCAGGACCUAAAUAAAGUUUUUCCAGUCUAUUCCAAGUCCAAUGAAGUGUUUGCUCAUCUUGACAACAGACAUCGCUCCGAAGACCUGACUAAAUCAUUCAGUUGGCAGUAGUGACAUGCGGUGUCUACGAAGGGCAGGAACGUAAUCAACGCGAGCUUAUGACUCUCGCUUACUGGGGAUACCUCGUUCAAGGGGAUCAAUUAAUUGGAAGACCGUUUGCCAAUCACGAAAGAAGUUCCACGGGUUACCCCAUCUUUUCAGUUGGAUGAAGACGCGUAUGUGUCCCCGGACAUCUAAGGGCAUCACAUACCUAUUAGUACUGUUUCAUGCAGCUUGGGGCGGCUUGUCUAAGAAGGUUGCAAGGUGCCGGUAACCUCACACCUAUUUAAUAGGCAGCAAGAGUCUCGUAAUCGGAAUUAACCAGACAAAUCGCUCCACCAACUAAGAAUGGUCCAUGCACCACUACCCACAGAAUCAAGACAACACAGCCAGCAGCACUGGCAGAAAAGUUGAAGGAACCCUCGCUUUAAUAACUGGUUCCCGUUUGGCAGGCUCUGCCCACUCGCAAUAUGCAACAAGUGCUCCCAGUGAAUUGCGAACCUAACUCAAUUGCAUAACUGUCCCCAACUGGCUUGUUGGGUUAUGUGGUCACUGACCACCGUGCUACCGUAAGUGGUGGCCGCUGCUGUACUUUCGAUGUGUCUGAAGUACACUGAAAGAGAUUGAGCAUUGUGAAAAUAUAUUGAAGAGCAUGGAAUGUUGUUCUGUAAACUUUAUUGCUUCUUUAUUGUACAUAUAAUGGCAUAAGACUGAUGUAUUACAAAUAAAUUUGCUCUGUUGCAACCACAGCACAGGCCAUGGACUGAAUACAUUAUACUCCCACAUGAACCACCCUUGUAUUAAGAGUUGGUAAAGCUAUAAAUCCACAUCACAGUCAAGUAUGCAUCAUGUCGUAGGAUACCUCGGCAAGAGAUAUUGAAGUCGUUUCACAGUUGAGCAUUACGCCUGCAGUGGGAUACUGCAGCAAUAGAUAAUGAAGUCUUAUCACAGUCAGAUGUAAAACAUGAGGUAGGAUACCGCAGCAAUACAUGUCCACGUCGCAUCACAGUUGAGUAUGAAGCAUGCAGUGGGAUACUGCAGCAAUAGAUACUGAAGUCUUAUCACAGUCAGAUGU